AUAGAACUAAUAGCACACAGCUCUUCAGUCACUGGGCUACUAAGUAGAUGAGUCCAAUACAAUUGUAUAACACACAGCUCUUCAGUCAAAAACAUAUUCCUCUCAACAUUGACAGGAAGUGCCUCCUCUGAGUAAUGAGAAGGAGCUAUGUCUUUAGAAAUGAGGAUAAGGGAAGUGUAGGCCAGGCUGAGAGAGGCUUGUGUGUCUGUCUUGUGUAACCAGGUGGAGCAACACUAAGCCACUUCCUGUACGCUAAGGCGAGGAGCCGCCAGCGAGUCGAGGCAUCACUCAGCCUCAAGCAGCUGCUGUAGGAGGACAACACCACCCCAACACAGAGAGAGACAGGAGAACGAGAGGUUGCCCACAAUACCCAGUUUUGGAGGGCCAUCAUCCCCCAAGGCCCAGGAAGACAGAAGAGAGGACAGCAGAGAGGAGUGUGGGACGGUUUCUAAGAGAAGGGGCUUGACCGCACCCAUCCAGAGAGGAGCGAUGGACCCUCGGAAGUGGACGGGAGGCCUGCUGGUCCUGUCUACUGCACUACCCUAUGUUGAGGCGAUGACCCCACUGUACGACCCUAAACUCUGCUACAUUCUGGACGGCUUCCUCCUGCUCUACGGUCUCAUCAUCACUGGACUGUUGCUCAGAGAGAAAUUCUUCAAGUCCAAGAUAUUGGAGGAUGAUGAUAUCUACACUGAUCUGAAACCUACGGACGGGGGCGGUUAUGGACGAGUAAACAGAAGGGAUCCAGAGAGUGCAACGGCACGCGAUAAUCGCAGGAAUAAUGACGACACUUACACGUCCCUUAAAAAACCAACAGACGACACGUACAGGGAGAUCGCUGUGAAGGACAAGCAGCGCCGCAGGAACAAGAACGACCAGGUGUACCAGGGUUUGAGUGCCGCCACCAAGGAUACCUAUGACUCUCUCCAGAUGCAGCCUCUCCCUCCGCCUCGCUAACAGAAACAUCAUGGAGGAUCAGCCUCUCCCUCCACCUCGCUAACAGAAACAUCAUGGAGGAUCAGCCUCUGAUAUCUAGAACAGUCCUUGUUUUGUAAAAAGUAUGUUUGCAGUUGUGUUACUCCCUUUUUAUCUUUCAAGCUUUUGUUGGAAAAUCUGGAGACUUUUGCGCCAGUAACAAUUUCAUAACUGUCUUAAUAUAUGAACUUGAUAUUUUAUCACUAUUUUAUGACUUUAGCUCCAGUCUGUAACCUUUGACCUUGAAACUCAUUCUACCGACCCUACUGACCCUUCCUCAUUGGCUACUGCUUCUCUAGUUUAUACCUGGAGUAAUGUAAUUAAAGAAUAAAUAUGUAGGUUAUUUUGCAUACAGUGUACAGUGUAAUUGUGUUCCCUUUCCCCUCAUGUUUAUAAGAAAUAAUGUGCCUCAGCACUAUAAUAAAGCAUCUCAU